AUGAUGAAAGCUUUACUGUUCCUGUUCCUUGCUUUCUCGACUUCUACAGAGGCAGCAAGGAUAUUAGCUUUCUUUCCAAUGCAAGCCAAGUCACAUCAGUUCGUAUUUAGACCCAUCAUAGAAGAACUAGGCAAGAGGGGGCAUGAGGUCGUAUACGUCACCGGAUUCGGCUAUGAAAAAGUACCUCCGGGGAUUACACAGAUUUCUACCGAAGAUUCUCGUAACUCUCCUCCCAAAGACUUUCAGAAGUUCUCUUUCGUGGAUUUCGGCGAGCUCAGCGUUCCAUUCUUCACAAUAAUGAUGCACGAGAUAUUUCUAAUGAUUGCUCCCCUCUUACUCGGUCAUCCAAAGAUCCAACAGCUGAUACACUCAAACGAGAAAUUUGAUGCGAUUUUAAUGGAAUCUUAUUUCAGCCAUCAGUUCAUUUCUCCGUUUAUUCACAAAUUUGGAGCAGUUGGAAUAGAAGUCAUGCCUCUAGGGGACUGCGCUUGGACGGAUGAACUCACAGGUCUGCCAGAUAAUCCGGCAUACCAGUUAGAUUACAAGUACGAACACACCAAUGACCUCAACUUCUUCGAAAGGCUCUACAACGUCUACGUGACUACUACCGUUACAAUCCUCGGAUACUUUUACCUCUACAAGCAACAGGCAGUGGCCGACACCUACAUGAACUACACCGGCUGGGAGACCAGGCCUCCUCUUCACAAGAUGGUAUCCAACAGGAGUAUCAUCCUCACCAAUUCCCAUUUUGCGGUGGGUUAUCCUGUUCCAUUGGCACCUCACAGGAAGGAAAUAGGAGGAAUCAACAUUAGACCGCCAAAGCCUUUGCCGAAGGAUUUGCAAACGUUUAUGGAUCAAAGCAAGCAAGGUGUUAUUUAUAUGUCUCUUGGAUCCAAUGUAAGAGUUUCGGAUGUCGCCAACGAAGACAUACGUGAAGCCUUCAUGAGCGUAUUUCAAGAACUUCCCUACAACGUACUCAUGAAGUGGGAGACGGAUUAUCCUGGGAAAUUACCUCCGAACGUCCGGAUCUCCUCUUGGUUUCCUCAGCAGGAUAUCUUAGCACAUAAGAAUUGUGUACUAUUCAUAACCCAUGGAGGAUACCUGAGCAUCUCAGAAGCUGUUCAUUUCGGCGUACCUCUUGUGGGAAUUCCGAUAUUUGGGGAUCAACCAAAGAAUCUACUCAUUGUCGAAGAGGCUGGCUAUGGAAGAUUGCUGAGGUAUAGGAACAUCACUAAGGAUACUGUGGCAUGGACCGUCAAGGAAGUUCUGUCAAAUAAAAGGUACAAGGAGGAAGCCAUGAGAAGGUCCAAGCUGUUCCGGGACAGAAGACACAGCCCCGCAGAGGAAGCCGCGUACUGGAUCGAACACGCCAUCAAGUACCCCAACGCACUCACCCCUAAAGCAGCUUGGCUUUCCUUCGUGCAACUCCAUCUCAUUGACGUUAAACUGUUCUUAUUGGCAGCAUUAAUAUCUAUACUGUACGGUAUCAGCAAGUUGCUGAGUACCGUAGGAAAGCUCUGGAAGUCGAAAUCAACAGAAAAACUAGAUCCGAAAAAGAAACUGAAGAAAAACUAAUAA